CAAUCCGCGCUCUCUCGUUUCCCACGUCCAACAUCCACAAAUAGUACCAAAUCAACCCACGCAGAUCACCACCAUGGCCCCGUCGUACCCAUCCGUCCAUGGCACGGCAGCCACGAUGUCGGGCGACAGCGACAGCGACAACGCGCGCGCGCCGCACGUCGUGCUGCUCUCGUCGCCGGGCAUGGGCCACGUGGUGCCGGUGGCGGAGCUGGCGCGCAAGCUACACGCCGAGCACGGCUUCACCGCCACGGUCUUCGCCUACGCGAGCUCCGACUCCGCGGCGCAGCGCGACUUCCUGGCCUCCCUCCCGCCGGCCGUCGGCAGCGCGUUGCUCCCGGCCGUCCCGCUCGAUGACCUCGUCGCGGCUGGGGCCGCCAUCGAGACGCUGCUCUCCGUGGAGGCCCAGCGCUCCGUGCAGGCCCUGACCGCCCUGCUCGCUGACAUCGGCAAAGCCAACAACCUCGUCGCCUUCGUGGCGGACCUCUUCGGCGCCGACACGCUCCCGGCCGCGCGCGCCGCGGGCGUGCCCGGGUACCUCUUCUUCCCCUCCAACCUGCUCAUGCUCUCCCUCAUGCUCCACCUCCCGCGCCUCGACGCCGAGAUGGACGGCGAGUUCCGCGACCUGCCGGAGCCCGUCAGGCUGCCGGGAUGCGUGGCCGUGCCCGGACCCGAGAUCCUGCAGCCGCUCCAGGACAGGACCAGCGACGCCUACCGGUGGAUGCGGCACCACGGCGAGAGGUACCGGGACGCGGACGGAAUACUGGUGAACACGUUCGACGCCAUCGAGCCGGGCGCGGCCGCGGUGCUCCGGCGGAGCGAGCCGUGGCGCCCGCCGGUGUACCCGGUCGGUCCGGUGAUACGGCGGGCAGACGACGGCGAGGACGCCACAGGCUGCAUGGAGUGGCUGGACGCGCAGCCUGACAGGUCGGUGCUGUUCAUCUCGUUCGGCAGUGGGGGCGCGCUGCCCGCGGCGCAGAUGGACGAGCUGGCGCGCGCGCUGGAGCUCUCCGGGCAACGGUUUCUGUGGGUCGUGAGGAGCCCCACUGACAGGGCGGCCGACCCUGGUGCAAACUACUACGACGGGGCAAAGAGCAAGGACUAUCCACUGCAGUUCCUGCCAUUAGGGUUCCUCGAGAGGACGAAGGAGGUGGGCCUGGUGGUCCCGUCGUGGGCCCCGCAGGUCAGGGUCCUCGGCCACCGGGCGACGAGUGCCAUGGUAACGCACUGUGGGUGGAACUCGGUUCUUGAGAGCGUGAUGCACGGCGUGCCGCUGAUUGCGUGGCCUCUGUAUGCCGAGCAGGGACAGAACGCUGUGAUGCUCUCUGAAGAGAUAAAGGUAGCAAUGAGACCAAAGUCUGGAGGUGCACAAGGGUUGAUACUUGGAGAAGACAUUGCAGAGGUCGUGAAUGACAUGAUGAAUGGCAAGGACGGUGAAGCGGCACGAAAGAAGGUAGUGGAGCUUCAGGUGGCUGCGAGGAGUGGGCUGGCUCCGAGUGGCAUAUCCCACGACUCACUUCUGGAGGUGGUAAGGAAAUGGAAGCAGAACACAUGUUGAAAAUUUGCAUUGCAAUCUUGUGUAAUAAGCAACCUCACCGUCGUUAAAUGGUCGAUGUCUAAGUUCGCACUCAUCAUGGUUAGACAUUUGUAUUUGUAUGAAAAGUAAUGUAGAAUGAAACAAUGGUAUCAUGUCGAUUCAUAUUACUUGACGCUAAUAUAGAUGUAUCUAGACACAUUUUAGUUGUAGAUACAUCCAUUUAGCAUUAAGUAAUAUGGAUCGAGAUAGUACUAUAGAUUAAAUGGAAAUCUUUUACAUCUUUGUCAUCAUGGGUUGAUAUCCGAUGGCAACAAUUGACAUUUAGUAGUGAGAAAGUAAUUGUGUUGCAAUCUCUAUGAGGAAGUUGUUCACUAGAAUGUCUUGUGUGAAUUAAUGUGAUGCUUCUUGUCCGUAUUUUAUUUAUCGACUCUUCACUCCAUAAACAUGUGGUCUUGUUUACUGAGUUCAGUUUCGCUUGGGGACAAUCGAAGUCUAAACUUGGGGGGAGUUGAUACGUCCAUUUUGCAUCACUAUUUUAUAUCAUAAUUUACUGUUAUUCAUUGAUAUAUUUCAUAUUUAGAGAUGAUACUUAUAUUAUUUCACAUAUUUUGCAUGUUUCAUGAUUAUUGGAGAAUCACUCACCGGAGUCAGGAUUCUGCUAGAAAAAGCACCGUCAGAAUGCAAUAUUUCUGAAGAUCAACAACUGACGGAAAUUACACCGAAGGUCUUAUUUCUCCAGAAGAAGGAGCCAACCAAAAGGAGGGGCCGAGGAGGGCCGCCAUGGCCCCCCCCAUAGGCCGGUGAUACGCGUGAUGCACACGUCCGUUGGGAACCCCAAGAGGAAGGUGUGAUGCAUACAGCAGCAAGUUUUCCCUCAGUAAGAAACCAAGGUUUAUCGAACCAGUAGGAGUCAAGGACCACGUGAAGGUCGUUGGUGACGGAGUGUAGUGCGGCGCAACACCAGAGAUUCCGACGCCAACGUGGAACCUGCACAACACAAUCAAAGUACUUUGCCCCAAGGUAACAGUGAUGUUGUCAAUCUCACCGGCUUGCUGUAAACAAAUGAUUAAAUGUAUAGUGUGGAAGAUGAUGUUUGUUUACGAAGAACAGUAGAGAACAAUGAUUGCAGUAGAUUGUAUUCAGAUGUAAAAGAAUGGACCGGGGUCCACAGUUCACUAGUGGUGUCUCUCCCAUAAGAUAAAUAGCAUGUUGGUUGAACAAAUUACAGUUGGGCAAUUGACAAAUAGAGAUGCAUACAUAUCA